AAAAGCCGCUACUGUUACAGCCCUCUUCUGUCCUCUUCAGUUCUCCUUCGGUGGUAUAAACUCACUCUUCUAAGAUGUCUUUCUUUGGAUCCAUCUGAUUUGUGGAUCUGUAGUUUGAUUUGUGCGAUCUCCUCAAAUCGGCUCCUUUUCUAGCGCAAUUUGAAACUUGACAGAUCCAUAGACAUUAAUUAGAAGCAAUGGAAUAGUAAUUCUUUCGAGCCAAUAUCUGACCCUUUCAAUAAAGCCGUGAAUCUAAUUGAAAUAGCUUUGACAUGGAUCGACCAUUUCACUAAAGUAAUUUGUGUCUAAAUUCUGUGGAGACCUCUACUUUUGCAGAUUAUGUAUUAUCUCCAAAUGAAGCAAACACAGAUUUUAUGGCUAUGACCCCUCAAGAAGCUGACGUUUUGGGUAUCUGGAAUUCAGGGGACCAUAAUACUAACCCAUUUGUUGCGAUUCAGAAAAAUCACGAUGAGACUGAAAGGGUUCAUGGAAGAAAUGUUUCUCUUUCAAUAAAUUCUGGUAGCAGCCCAAGGAUGGAAGAAAUGUAUUGUGAUAGAACUAACAUACUGGAAAAUUUGGACUUGAACCUUAAUAAUAGUCCAGUUGAUGACGGGCAGUUGCUCACCCAAAAUCCAAUUCAUAUGAGUCCAGAGCACUACAACGUGCCGGCUGGCUUUCAUGGCGACGAUGUGGAGACAUCAUUGUGUGCUUCUGUGCCGGAUUUGUUUGAACCCGAGUGUGUUCUUUAUCCAAAUUCUAUAGUGAAUUCAUCUAGCUGUGUUGUAAAAGGCUCAGAACGUCACGAUAGAGCGAGAAAGUCAGUCGAUGUUCGCCGCAUACCUUUGAAGAGGAAGAACAUGGAAGAACUUAUUGGAGAAUCUUCAUCUAAUCAUAAUAAUGCUGGAGACUUGAGCAUUCCAAGCUCAUCAAGGCAUCUGCGUAUUGGAAGCUUUUCAGGAGGAAAUCAGAGUCCAAGUUUCAGCUCUAUGCAUUUAGGAGUUUCUUUUGAAUGCUACCCUUCUUCUAGUUCACAAAGAAAUUUACCAGAAAAAAUUAAUCUUGACUGCCAGAAUGAUGUCUCCUCUUCUCGGUCGCUUUCUGCUACGAGUGGUAACAAUCUAUUUAGUUCUUUGUCGCCUGGUGAACCAUCUUCUUCGCAAAAUCCUAUUUUUCACUUGGCAGAGCAGAGCCAGCCUUACAUGCUCUCUGUUCCUGGUUUGCCUCAUCAUGUUCACCAUUCUCCUGCCAAUUCAGGCAUUGGUAGCUCAUCAAGCAUUGGCAGCUCAUUGGUCCCAGCCUUUAUACAACGGAGAAUGAGACUAUUUGGUUCUCAAGAGGAAGCAAACGUGAGCAGCUUGCCUAGAAAUGACAUCAAUCAACUAUUACAGGAUCCACGAAACUGUAAUCCAUCUAAUUCUAACUUGAGUAUGUCAGGGAAUGGAGUUAGCAUGAGUUCAGGUAUCAUUCCAUCACCAGCGUCUAUCAGUGAACUGAGUGAAACAGUUCUUGUUCAGUACCCCAGAAAUUUAAGUGAGGUUGUACGUAGCUCUUUGUUUCCUUCUAUUGGAUCUGAAUCUGGACAUCAAAAUAGUAGUUUAUAUUUGCAGCAUUCUAGUUCUGCUUCUGCCCAGGAGCUUGGUCAGUCUUCUGGAGCUGUUCGCCAAGGUGAUUCCCCAUUACAUCCAAGGACUGCAGUUUUAACAGAGAGGCAGCGUGGUUUUUCGGCAUUACCAUUGCAUGAUAGGAGCCGAGAUGGGAGAACUAGGAUGCUAUCUGAGAUCCGCAAUGCUUUGGAUCUUAUUCGGACGAAUCUGCAUUUUGAGGACGUCUUCAUUUUCAAUCAGUCCGGGUUCAACGGGCUCGCUGACUUGAAUGACAGGCACAGAGACAUGCGGCUUGAUGUUGACGACAUGUCCUAUGAGGAGCUAUUGGCGCUCGAAGAGAGGAUUGGUUAUGUCAAUACUGGACUUUGUGAGCAGACAAUUUUGAAGUUCUUGAAGAAACGGAAAUACUCGCCUUGCGAGUUGGAGGCAGCAGCUUCGGAGCAGGAGCCCUGCUGUAUCUGUCGGGAAGAUUACAAGGAAGGAGAGGCAAUUGGCACACUGAACUGCAGGCAUGAUUUUCACACUGAUUGCAUCAAACAAUGGCUAAUUAUCAAGAACUUGUGCCCUAUUUGUAAGACGACAGCUUUAGUGGAAGGUGGCCGCACAAUCUCUGAUGGGACAAAAUGAUUCAGCUUCAGUAUUAUUGAUUUUUCACUUUUUUCAUAUUUUAAACAUUUCCUAGUAAAGUGCAAAAAUAGUCCCCAACUAUUUGUAUGUGGCCUUUGGUCCCAAAGUUUAUAUCUGAGAUGAAAUAAUUUCCAUGAUGGAAUAUAAGAGCUCAAUUUUAAAAUAGUCAGGGAUUAUUUUUGCAUUUUUAUAAACCCAGGGACUAAAACAGUCCCGUACAGAUAGUCAGGGUCUAUCUUGGCACUUUACUCGACAUUUUUAGAUGUUCAUAUGUCCAAAAUUAAUUAACUUUGCUCCAUUUGAACUGGAAGUUCUUUGUUUUUGGACUCUCACCAAUUGUGAAUCUGGGUGGCUCAGAAAUAUGGAGAUGAUACUUGUUGUGCUAUUAAUUUAUCAUGAAUUUAUGCU